AUGGCGUCGGCACGGACGGUUGUAGCAAUUUAUGUCGUUUUGACGUGGCGUCUGGGGACGCCGUCACGCGAAGGUACAAGUGACAGUUGUAAUUCUGAGGAUGUCCGGUGUAAAUGCAUCUGCCCUCCUUACAAAGAUCAUUCAGGCCAUAUUUACAACAAAAAUGUUUCACAGAAAGACUGUGAUUGUCUUCAUGUGGUUGAGCCUAUGCCUGUCCCUGGACCUGAUGUAGAAGCAUACUGUUUACGUUGUGAAUGCAAAUAUGAAGAGAGAAGCUCUGUGACAAUUAAGGUUACAAUCAUCAUAUACCUGUCUAUUUUGGGCCUACUUCUUCUGUACAUGGUGUACCUUACACUGGUGGAACCUAUACUGAAGAGACGUCUCUUUGGACAUUCACAGCUCAUACAAAGCGAUGAAGACAUUGGGGAUCACCAGCCUUUUGCAAACGCUCAUGAUGUGCUGGCUCGUUCUCGGAGCCGCGCCAAUGUAUUGAACAAAGUGGAGUAUGCUCAGCAGCGUUGGAAGUUGCAGGUCCAAGAGCAACGCAAAUCUGUCUUUGACCGUCACGUUGUGCUGAGUUAAUUGUGUCUCAGUAAAAUAACUCCAGGGAAGUAAAGUGGACUAAUUGAAAGAGCUGACUUACGUCUUCCUGAUCCUGCCAAUUCAGAAGGGUUUUCUUGAAUGGUUCAUUACUGAUU